GUCGGCUCCGAGAGACGUUACCACAGAUAAAUCACGUAUCAACCACCGAGCUCAACUGUCAACUAUUUACCAUCAACCCUUUAAAAGUUAAAAAUACACCUAAUUACCAUUUUCUUCCUUCUCCAGGCCAGAAGGAGGCAACAGCCUCCUCUCCGCACCCAUCACCCCAUGCUCACAUUCCCGUCCCAUGGGGUCAGGAUUAGCGCUUAAUAAAUCUAGAUUAGACAGGAGGUGUAUAUAAAGAUCCUCCUGAGAUGUCUUCAGCUCGCUGUUCUCUGCUUGUGUGAAGAGCCUCACUUUAUCACGGCUAUCCUACAGCUAAUUUACACUUUCAUUUACACUCAUAUUUACGACUUUUAACGGUAGCUUCCUCUCGGUCAUUUCAUCAUUUUUCUUUUGUCUUUGGAUAAGUUCUUGAACCAUGGCCGACCAGGUAGAGUUGGAUUGUCGUGUUGACGCCGAGAAGAAAAAUGACUGGUACCCCUUGAGGAGAUGGUGGCGGCCCUGCUGGGCAUUCAACCAGGACUGUGGCCAGACACCCCUCCAAGACCCUGGGUGGUGGGGGAUGGACCUGCUCCAGAGAGGGUGGUCCUCAGGUCGUCCCUGGCCAGAAUGCACGUCUUCUCCGCUCAUCGUGCCAAUGCAUCCCGGGUCUGGGUACUGGGGUCCCUCGGGCCCUGGGGUGGGGCAGGCGGAGCAGUACAAGUGGAGGGUGGUGCUGGACGUUGCUCACUUCGCCCCAUCGGAGAUCUGGAUCGGCACCGCAGGCGGGGUCCUGGAGAUUAGAGGUAAACACAAGGACAGGUCAGAUGAGCAUGGAUCCAUUGCAAGGUGUUUUACAAGGAAAUACAGGCUUCCAAUAGGUAUCGAUUUAUCUAAAAUCACAGCAAUGCAUUCUGGGGAUGGCAUCAUGCAUGUAGAAGCUCCACUGACUGAAUUCACUGCUCCUGCCAACAUUGUCAUUCCAAUUCAGGUAGAGAGGGAAGUCCAAGAGCUCAGGCAGGGUGAGGAAUAUCUAGAGGAUAGAGCAGCUCCUACAGAGGUUGCAGCCACAGCUCCAGGGGACCCUGGGAGUGCAGCCCCUGAGCCCCCCACAGAUGGGACUGACCACGGGGAAGAAUCUCUAGCCAGUGUUGAGGCUCCCACUGGCAGCCCCAUGGAUGAACCUCUGCAGCAUGACAUGGGAAGGAAACAGGACGAACAGAAGGAGAAGGAGCAGGUGGAGGAGGGAAAGGAGCAGGAGGCCCGGGGUGAAGUAGCAAAAGAAUCCUCUUCAGCACCUGGACCUGGGGAAGGCCCAGAGAAUCUUCCAACACCGAUGGAACACCACCAAGCGCCUGAAGAGAGCCCAGAGAGCCCUGGCACUACCCCGUCUGACCAGAAGGAGGAGGCUGGGAAUGCUCUACUGGAGGGCCAGCCAGAAGUGAGCUCAAGGGAGACUUCUGUGGAGGCCACCCAAAUAGAGGUGCCAACGGAGGGCCAAAGCCCCUGAAUCAAGACAUCUCCCGUGACGAGUCCUUGGCUGAGGACACGGAGCCAGAGCAUCCGACGUAGAAGGGGAAAUUAAACAUAGGAAAUAAUUCUCAUUGUUAUCAGACCCAUGAUGCUGUCAGUCACUUUUACAGUUUGAAUUAAGAUUAAAUAAUCACAAGUAAGCAUAAUUACGUAGCUUCCAUUCUUGUACGAAUGAACAAAAUAUGUGGAAAGCUUGUGGUCUUGUAUCGUAUACUAAUUAUCUUUCUCCACACUGAAAAUAUUCUUAAUUUUUCCUGAUGCAAAGGUAUCCUAUCUUCGCAUUGUGAUAUUAUUCUCCAUAAAUAUAGUAGUUUUUGGGAAGAACACACUGUGCAUGCGCACUUUAAGCAAUCCCACGCACGCUUAAGAAAUCGUGUUAAUUACUUAAAGCGCGUGUGCGACUUAUUAAAAAAUAAUGACUACCAUGUCGGUGUGAGGAAUAGUAGUUUAUCAAACUUUAUAAAAACGGCAUGAAGUAUUUCAAUACAAAUUUUGAGUUGGGAGAAAACAUUAAAUUCAAAGGGCGUAACGGUAUUCCACACCAGGCAACAUUUAAUUUCUCUUUAUUCUCGGGCUUUGCUCCCUAUGAGAUGUUGUCCCAAUCAGUCAUUCAUGGACAUUGUCAAUUCACACAGGGCUACAUUUUUCUGCUAAUCUACCCAAGGUUUCUUAUAUAACAAAAGACAACAGCACACCAGGCACACUGAAUAUAUGGGGUCUGGCAUUCAAACAAAAGAUGAUGCAAAAAACACAGGUAGACUGAUGUUUAAUUGACAAACCCAUACAAUGUCAGCAAAAUAAAAAUAAAAGGUAGAACAAAAUCAAAAAGCUGUUCAUAGAAAACAACAUGUCCAAAGAAUUUAAGAGAUCAAAACACAAAUCCAAAUACACUUAUUAUCCAAGUACGGUUUGAAUUAGUUUAGCAGAUAUAAUUACAUAUCUUUAUACAUACAAAAAUCACAAUAAGGUAGAAUACAGAAAUAUCGGUCUUCCACUCCACAUUCAGGAGUCGAAUCACGGCAGCCUGUUCUGUCAAAACAACAUCUCGUUUUUGGAGGGCUUAUGUUGUUCAUCAUACACGUAUGUCAUAUGUCAUCUAUCAACAUGGUUGUUGUGCGAUAUUGUUCUUUGUCUAGUUUACCCAUGGUCAUGUUCAUUUAAAUUUGGAACAGUACAAAUAUAUGACAUCAAGGUCAUACUAAAUACAUAUCAAGGCCUUUCAAAGUUGCUAAGACGCAAGCCCCAGAAUUAACUUCAACUCUGUCCUUACAUUUUUUUAGAUGUUUCCCAAUGGUACUAUUGGCUUCAAGGGAAAUUACACCUUUUAUAUAAAAUCAUGAAUAAUCAUCAAAUAUUAAAGUGAACUCAAAAUGAGCUCCAUGCAUGCAUUGACUCCAUC